AUAAUAACCAACAAGGUCAAGCAGCCAUGGUGAACUAUGCUAUGCCACAUACGUGUGAAGAUAAAAAGGAGUUACAAGGUGGACAAUUCAAACAAACUUAGUAAAUGGAUUGGCUCAAGCAAGACUCACCCAUGUCAAGUGAUAGCUUCAUCUCAACAAAGUGGUUCAGAUAAGGAGGAAGACUUUGAUCAAAUACUAUCUUCGAUUGAGACACGAUCAUCACACUCAAAGCUCUCAAACAAAUCAAGUGAUAAGACUAGCAAUAUCAACAAGUCUUACGACACACAUGGGAUCAUCCAUGGUUACUCAAGAAAACUUAAGGAUGAAGAUUCCCUUAGCCUAUGAAGGAUAAGUCGAAGAUGUCGCUGAACAGCCUGCGACCUGGAUCAGUCACUACUUGGACUGAGGUUCAAAACGAAUUCUUGGUGAACCUUUUCUCAACUCUGAAAACUGACACGCUGAGAGAUAAGAUCAUGCAGUUUGAGCAACAACCUAAUGAGUCUUUUUUUGAUGCGUUGAGGGACAAGAUCAUGUAGCCAACACACUUUUUUCCAUUGUGCAAUUACUUUACCUGGUUUCAACUUUUGCUGUAAAAGGUGCUUUUGGAAUAGAAGUAGAAGC